UCUUCUAAGAUUUUUUGCCCGACACACUUCUUUCCAGAAAGGUGAAAACCAAACACGGCUUUAAUUUUCAAGAAGAAAACUCAAAACUCUAGAAAAUUUUUUCCUUUUUUUUAAAUUUUUUUAAAGAAACGAUGUCGUUUAAUUAAUGUGGAAAACGACGUCUUUUCAUGUGAUUCACCUUCUCCCGCAGCUCCGUAACCACCGGUUUCAUUUUCAAUUUUUCUCCUUUUCUUGAAAAAACAACCAUUAGAAAUAGUGGUAAUAAAUUAAAUAAAAUAUAAAGCAAAAUGAGUGAAUUGAAUUUGCAUUAGAGACUAGAGAGAGUGCGUGCGGUGUGUGAGGAGCCAUGGAGACAGCAAUAUGUGGGAGAUUGCCUCUCUCACCUAAUCCCGUCUUCAAUCCCAAACCAGGGGAUAAACAGUCUCUUUGCAGAGGACCAUGUCCCAACCGUGGCAUUCUCAUGGCUGUGUCAGCAGCUGCACUGGGUAAAGGGGGAGGUGUUCUGGACAGACCAGUUAAAGAGAGAACUACUCCUGGUCGUGAAUCUGAGUUUGAUUUGAGGUAUAUGAAUGAAUAUAGUUUGUUUCUUUUACUUGGUUGAUGUGAAAAUAUUGUGCAUUAGUACCUCAUUUUGUGUCCAUCUUCAUCACAAAUUGAUAGUGUUCGUAACUUCUAUGUUCAUAUUUCAAUCAUCAAAUUUUAUGCAUUAGCUCAAUAUGACUCAUGCCUCUUUUCUGACAAAUUACUUCCAACAUGGAAAUUUUUUAAUGGUAACUUUUGUGAAUUUAACUCAUACAGGAAAAGACGGAAAACAGCUCCACCCUUUCGUGUGAUACUCCAUAAUGACAACUACAACAAACGAGAAUAUGUUGUUCAGGUAUUGAUGAAGGUUAUUCCAGGGAUGACCCUUGACAAUGCAGUUAAUAUAAUGCAAGAAGCUCACUACAAUGGCUUGUCAGUGGUGAUCAUUUGUUCUCAGGCCGAUGCAGAAGAGCACUGCAUGCAACUGAGAGGCAAUGGGCUUCUAAGUUCAAUCGAACCUGCAAGUGGUGGUUGCUGAAGCCCAAAUCUCCUGAGACUCCACAUGGUUUCUCAUUGUUGAAUAUACAGUUUUUAGAGUGUUAGAUGGUGUAUAUCUUCAAAUUGUAUGAAUCUUGGAGAUCACAUGUGAAAGACCAUUGGAUGGUAGUAAUUUUGAAUAAACGUGACUCCAUUUA